AUGAAUAAUAGCUUUUCAGCAGAAGCACAAAGUUAUUAAGUUAGAUCUGUUACAACAAGAUAAAAUAUUUAAAGAACUAGUAAUGGAGAAUUCUAGGAUGCUGUUUAAAGAUAUGAAUUACGACGAUCCUCUAAACCUAGAUAAACAUAAAAUAAUCAAUAAACAACAGUAAUUACAUCUAAAUAUGUUUAAAUGGAUAAUGAGGGAAGGAAUAAUAAUUAUGAUUUAGAGGCUUCAAGAUAAUCUUAGAGAGUUUUAGAGAAAUAUUAGAUGAAUAGUUAGAAUAGUCAUUAUGAAGUGAAUAGAUAGAGUGUAAAAGAAGUUAUGGACAAAUAUAGGAGAGGAAGAGGUAAUUUUUGAUUAAAUUAAUGUAGGAACAACAACAUCUUAAUUAUAAACUACAGAGGUUAAGUACUCUGCUAUUCCUCAACCUUAAUAUGAGUAGUUGCAAUAGAAAGAAACAGUUUUUGAAGGUAGAAAUAGUAGAUAUGUUGAAGAGUAAGAUUAUUCAUAAGAAAAACAAAUGACACUAAAUUAUAAUACUAUUUAAAGUAUAAUAUUUAAAAUAUUGAAGCAAAAUAAUAAGUAUAUGAGGUAGAUUAUGAAUAAAUAAAAGAAGAUUGUUAAAUUAAUGAUCUUUAUAGAAGACCUGAAAGAGAAGAUGAUGUAUAGAUUGACUUAUUAGAGAGUGAUUAUGUUUCUUGCAAUAUAUUUUGA